AUGACAUAUACGAGAUACAAAGUCUCAGCAACUAAGCUCGAGCCCUACGACUGGAGUUACAUAAGAGUUGAGUUGCCACCUCCGCCUUUUUAUGCAUCAGCAUCCAUUGAAAUAGUAUCAAAUGUAAAACUGAACCUCAAGAAGAUAGUCAAGCAUCCCAAAAGAAAGUUGCCAAUCAUAUGCUUUCGAGGCGGCGGUCCGCCUCUUCCAGAUGUCUCAGAAACUGCUUUAGAAGUGCUACAUCAUUUGUCUAAUGGAUCUUCUGGAGAAAUACAAAAUCUUCAUAAUAUAGAGCAAUGCUAUCCUCUGCAGAAAAAUAUGACAUUCAAAUUGAUGCCUCAGCAGAUCACACCUGGAGUUUAUUAUAUUGGCUUGUUCAAUGGAAUUGGAUCUACAAGAACUCAAUCAAAGAUGAUAAAUAGGGGCUCAACAUACUCUUUCAGUGCAAAUUUAAUUCUAGAAGGCUGUUUGAACUCUACAAUGUGGGGUGAGCACUGUGAUCAGGUAGUUGAUGACCUUUCCAACUUGCAACAUGAUUCAAAUGAGUUUGGAAAUAGGGAUGAUGAACAUUGUGUAGGAAACAUUGCUUGCACUCACUAUUCUAGGGUCAUAUGCACAAAGAAUAUGGAUAUGAAUGUCUACUUCUUGGAUGUAACGGAGGCAGUGGAACGGUUGACAAUCAGAUUCAAUAAAGCUUCUCAUUUUCAUUCAAGGAACGCCAAUGUAUCUUCAGUAAUGUUAUAUGCUCGACAUAAUGCAAUUCCAGACAAAACUUUGCAUGAUUAUUCCACUGAUAUAACUAAAGAUCCUCUGGUUGUCCAUUUACCAAUGGCUGGUAUAUUGUAUUUUGCCAUCGAGAUGGUUUUUUGGUCGAAUGUACACGACGGGAUGCGAGAAAGAAAUAUAAAACUUUGCUACUUGGUGGAGUGGGAAACCAUUGCAUGCCAACAAGGAAAGGCUGGACCAAACUGCACUUGGGAAGGACACAUUCUUAAGGUAUGCUAG